AUUUUCAAAUGAACCAAUCACAAUAUACCACGAAAACUGUUGGUAAAACUUUGGAUAAGGGUAUAUUAUAAAAUUUAUUUAUAAAGCGAAGGCGUCAUUUAAGCGGUAGAGUUUAGACGUUAUUUUUAUUACUUGAAAGAAGUAAAAGACUGAGUUCUAGGGACAGAAUUGUGAACUAGAAAUAUAUUUAAGCUCAAAUAUGCUACUAAUACUUUUUUUAUCGUAUCUCUCACAAAUUUGCCUGGCACUGUAUCCAAGUAGUGGAAAUGUAGUGGAAUUAACACCAAGCAAUUUUGAUAAACUGGUUAUUAGAGGAGAUGAAGUGUGGGUUGUUGAGUUUUUUGCUCCUUGGUGUGGACAUUGUAAAAAUUUGGUACCGGAAUAUACUAAAGCAGCUAAUGCACUUAAAGGUAUUAUUAAAGUAGGGGCAGUCAAUACAGAUGAGCAUAAAGAGUUGGGUGGACAAUAUGGAGUUCGUGGGUUUCCUACAAUAAAAAUUUUUGGUCCAGACAAACGUAAACCAGAAGAUUACAAUGGAGGUAGAACUGCAAAAGAUAUAGUAGAAGCAGCACUAAAAGCUGCCAAAGCAAAGGUAAAAGCAAAACUUGGUCUAGGGGGUGGAUCUUCACAAUCAGAUGAUGAUGAGGGCAAGGAUGUUAUAGAAUUAACUGAUAGUAACUUUGAAGAAUUAGUUAUAAAAUCUGAUGAUAUGUGGCUAGUCGAAUUCUUUGCACCAUGGUGUGGACAUUGUAAAAAUUUAGCUCCUCACUGGUCCAAAGCUGCUUCAGAACUUAAAGGCAAAGUGAAACUUGGAGCUUUGGAUGCCACUGUACAUCAAGUUAAAUCAUCACAAUAUGGAGUACACGGUUAUCCAACGAUCAAAUUCUUUGCACCUGGUGCUAAGGAUUCACCCACAGAUUAUGAUGGUGGUCGUACAUCAAAUGAUAUUGUGAAUUGGGCUUUAGAUAAGUUAUCAGAAAAUAUUCCAGCUCCAGUAGUAAGUCAAAUUGUAGAUGAAAAAUUGUUCAAGGAGUCUUGUGAAGACAAACCUCUUUGUGUAAUAGUUAUUCUUCCUCAUAUUUUGGAUUGUCAAUCAGAAUGCAGAAAUAACUAUAUCAAUUUACUAACUAGCAUUGGAGAAAAAUUCAAAAAGAAAAUGUGGGGGUGGGUGUGGUCUGAAGCUGGUGCCCAGUUGGACUUGGAAAACGCUUUGGACAUUGGUGGAUUUGGAUAUCCUGCUAUGGCUGUUAUUAAUUUAAAAAAAAUGAAAUAUUCUAUUCUUCGUGGAUCAUUUUCUAAUGAUGGUAUAUAUGAAUUUUUAAGGGAUUUAUCAUAUGGUAAAGGAAACACUGCUCCUGUGAAAGGAGAAUCACUACCAAAAAUCAACCAUAUCGAACCAUGGAAUGGUAAAGAUGGUGUGCUUCCAGAAGAAGAAGAUAUUGAUCUCUCUGAUGUAGAGUUUGAGGAAAAAGAUGAAUUAUAAACUUUAGAGAUUUAGUAUUUAUUUUUCCUUACUACUAGUAUCAUUACCAUUGCUAGAUUAAUCCUUUCACUCACGCUUUUUGGUUUUUCGAGAUAAAAAUCUGAACUUGGGUGGACAUAUUCUUAUGAUUUUUUUAAAAUUUAUAGCGUACUCAAAAAAAUUUCACAUCGGCCCUUUUAAGGGCUGUGAUUUGUACAAUAUAUUGCACUUUGUGAAUAAGUGGUAAUGUUUUACCAAAUAAAAUGCAAUUAAAAAACAGAAUUCAUGCAACUAAUUAUUUAUUUGCAUGAUAUAACAUAAAACAAUUUUGUUUUUUGAAAUACAUGAAUGUAUGUUGCACUUAGUAUAGACGAAAUUGGUCCUAGAAGCACAUUCAGGGAAUUUACACCUCGAAGAGAAGGAUUUUUCAUCUAUAAUUGGUAAAUGACCACAUCCAUCUAGCCUUAUUUCUGCUGCUGGUCUAGUUUCUGUUUUUUGUUUCUUCUGUUGCGGAGAUGAUGUCGGUUCCCCCUUAUUUCGAAGGACGUCCCCGUUUUCUAGAGGAUACUUUGUUGAUUUUAUCAAAACUUCAGCGACGUAUGCCCUAAAAUUAACCAAAUCCGAUAUUUUCUUUUUUGGAAUACCUAAAGUAAUUGCCUUUUGCCUAUAUUCCAGCCAGGCAUUAGAAUAUGCAAUAUCAAUGCUAUGUGUAAACAUACGAAGUGUCCACUUCCUGGAAAGUAUAAAGGUUCUGUACAAAGUAACCGAAGUCGCAUUUAUCAACGCCGCCCAUACUUUGGUUAUAUUUUUUUAUAACUUCAGGUCGUUUCACACUAGGAUAUUGAUUAUUAUUUUUGUCCAAUCGUAUACAUUCAUCUUCUUUUCCUAUGCCCAUGAAGUUAGAAGCCAUGAUAACACUUUUAUUGUCAAACCAUUGAGUGAGAAUAACUUCCCCAUCACCACUGACAUUGUUCAACGAAUCUAUGACCUUUCUUUGGCAUCUCCUUUUGAAGCAACAAAUGUGGUUUGUUAAACCUAUCUACUCUUGCAGUGCAAGUUGUAUAUAUAUUUUUAUGCAGCAACAAUUGUAAUAAAUUAUAAUUGGAAAAGUAGUUGUCAAAAAAAGUUGAACAUUUGAUACUGCAAUUGUUUCAGAUAAUUUCAAUACUACAGAUGUUGCUGAUCCAAAAACUUUUAAGUGGAGCCAUACGAGGCAAAAAUUUUAAUACCUGAAGGUUUUGGCUUUUUUGCAACAUACUGCUUGACAUUUAGACGCCCUUUGAAGGGUACCAUUUGUUCGUCUAUAUAUAAUUCUGUUUCAAUCGGUAGAGACAAACAUUUUAACCUAAUAAUAUCAUAUAAAGGUCAUAUCUUCCAAAAACGAUCCUGAUCAGUUUCCCAACAUUUAUUCUUUGGGCAUUCACAAAAUGUAAAUGCGAUCUUAGCGAAUAAAAACGAUUUAUUGGCAUACUUUCAGAAAUUUGUGGCACUUGUAAUUUUGGGCUUCAAUAAAAUUUUAUACUUGGAUAAUGUAAAUUUCCAACAAAUGUUUUCAGUUCGUCUACAUUUGUUGGAGCAAAUUUUGUCAUAUUCUGAACUGCAAGGAAGUUAGUGUUUUCGGUCAUUAGUUCAAAUAAAGCAUCUGUGAAAUAUUGUUUAAAAUAAAAAUAUGAACUUUCAAGCUCUACCAUAUCAUCUUGUUGUUGAUUGUGCCAAUUGAUGAAUUGUGGUGUCUCAUAACGCUCAAUUUUUCACCAAGUUAUGUUUUUAUUUUUACUUCCUAUCCCCCCAAACAUAAUCGUCAUUGUCGUCAUCACUAAGCCCUUCAAUAUCUGAUAAGCCCGCUUCAAUUUGCUCUAAUAGUUGUUCUUCAGUAAACUGCUUUUCUUACUCAUUUUUAAAUUUAAUACUACUAAAUGACAAAAAUAUAAUAAAAACGGUAAAUAACGUAAGGUUUUGUAACAUACCUGUCGACCUCCUUAUAUUCACACUGUACAAUAUAUUGUAUACUACUUUUUACUGAAAUAUAGACAUAUUUCAGACAUUUCUAACCUUUUUCUACAUUAUUACAUUCCAUCUUACUUCUAUACUCGUAAGUAACCAUUAGAAGUAACGAGUUCCUUGAAUUAAAAAUGUUUUUUAGUUAACCUAAUAAAUGUUAGAUGUGUACAGUAUAGUGUAGAAUGUGUACAGUAUACUGUACGUUAUGAGUAGAGAGGUUGGUAGCCUUAUAUCUCAUCAUUUCUAUAUAUGUAAAGUGUACAAUAUGUACAAUAAAUUGUACACCAUGAGCGAAAGGGUUAAAAUGAAAUCUUUCUGGUAACUAUUUUGUUUUUUCUGUCUUAUUCGAAAGUGGUUAAUUUAAAAACUCAAUGGAAUUUGUUUCAAUUUUCUAAUGAAAAAAAAAUCAGAUAAUUUUAUCUUUUGUAUUCUAUAUCAUUUUGAUUUUAUUUUGAUUAAACAAAAGUGUAAUUUCAACUUUGGAUAUAUUUUUGUCAUGUGGUGGAGUUUUGAUUUACUUUAUUGUCUCCAUAGAUAAUUUCAUACAAAGAAUUAUGUAACAGGUACCUGUGAAAAAUAAAUUUUCAUUUACCUUUUUAAUUACUUAUUGAGAAUGAAAUUUUUUAGUAACUAAAUAAACAGCAUUAGUCUUAUGCAAAUUUAAGAGACCAGAUGGAUCAAGAAGAUAUUACAUUUUUCUUUUGAUCACUAAUUAAAAUAUAUAUAAAUAUAUAUAUAUAUAUAUAUAUAUAUAUAUAUAUAUAUAUAUAUAUAUAUAUAUAUACAUAUAUAUGUAUGUGAAAGGAGGUUAAAACCAUCGCGGGUCAUAUAAUGGCUAUUUAAAACUGUAAAACCACUGAUGCUGCAAAAACUCGGGAUAAGCAAAUGUAAUCGAGCGUCUAUAAAAUACUGUUAUUUUUUGAAGUAGAUCGCAAAAAUAUAUUAAAAAUUAAUAUAUCAUACUAAUAUCAUUAAUAUUUGAAAAAUUAAGAAGAUACUUUAAAUUUAAUUAUAGAUUUUGUACAAUCUUUUUCAUUUCCUAGUAACGUGUAUCCACUCAAGUCAUAAAGUAAUUAAAUAUAUUUUUUAAAUAAAAUAUUUUUGUUCAUUUCCAUUCACCUUUUUAUUUAGGUGAAUUUGAGCUGAUAUUGUGCUUUUUGGUUUUUAAAUUUUCAGUGAAUUUUGAUUAAUUUUCCAUUAUGCAUGGUAUAAAUGUCGUGUAGUCAGUGUCAGUUCAUGUGAUAGAAACAUAACAUUACAUUCACUCAUUUUUAUUAACUAGAUUUUUUAGACUCUUUCUUCAUUCACAAGUUCGCUCUUUGAUAGAGCUGUCUCAUUGACGGUGUUCAUCAAUUAAAUUACCACCUAAAUUCUAAUAGUCCAAAGCAGCUAGGAAUAUCUUUCUUUUCCAUCUCGAACUUUUUGUAUAUUCAUUUCAAUUUCUCUCGUGUCUAAACUUCCACAAUUGGGGAAUUAUAUAGCCAAUAAUUUUUAUUUACUUUGUCUUUGUAGCGACUUGCAAUAAAAUUUUUGUUUCCUGUGGUAAUUAUUUUACCACCAAUAUUCAAGCCGGUUAGCAUUCAACUUUGUGGAUAUUUAUUUUCUUGUUUAUAUCUUAAUUUAUUCCAUCAUCUUUCUACAGUAUAUCCAUUUAACGUACUCUUGAAAGCACUUUAACCAUCUUACUACUUUGCUAUCUGGAUGACGGAAUUGAUGUAACCAUUUGCUAUAGGCAUUUUCUGCUAUAUGAAUGUCUGUGCAAUGAUUCAUAUACUUUCAUCACUUCAAAGAGCUAUCUUUCAGUUGCCCAGUAACUUCUCCCCGAUUUUCAUAAGAUUUUGUUAGAAUAGGCAACGACGUUUUGUUUUCUACCCCUUAUCACUGCAAAAGCUUAGUCUCAUAUAAAUUUCUUGCUCUCUUCUGUUACUUUAAUCAAUUGUUUAACGAUAUGGACACAACUUUCCACAAAUCAUCGGCGAAUAAUAAAAUUUAUACUCAACUCAUUAUUUACUCAACUACUAGAUAAACACAACACAAUUACACUAUCUGACACGUUUCGAUAACUAAGUUAUCAUCUUCAGAGGUAGAAGGCAGUUCACCUUCAAUAUGAUUAUGAGAUCAUUAAUCAGAUGCACAAAUAUUGUAAAAACUGCAUUAAGAGAAAUUUCCAAAAAAGAGAAAUAUCUCGAAAAAAUAUGUAUUCUUUUGGCGCUCUGGCAUAUUUAUUGUAUAGCUGAAACAAAUGGUAUCUUUGGCCUUUGCAACAUAAGAACAAAUUCUGCUCUUAUGUAAUCCGUCUUUUAAUUACUGCGAAGUCUACUUGCCAUCUUUUUUAUUGUUUUUAAAUACAAAACUUUGGAGUACAUAGAUAUUAUUUGAAAGCAAUUUUUUCAUUAUAGUUAUGUUAUUUUUUAUGAUGACAUUAAAGUUAUUUCAUUUCAAAAUUAACAAACAAAACAAACAAUUUCAGUAUAACUUGAAAAAAAAGGCAAAAUUCUUGUUUGAUAAUAUUAGUUGGUCCAAAGAAACUUUGUUAUAGGCGAGAACGUACGGAAAUAAUGAAUGAAAAAAAUAAAGUGAUAUAAAAUUGAAUGAGGGAAAAUAAAAAUAAGUAAACAGAAGAGGGGGAAAAUGGAUAAAGACCUGCACACUUUAGGUGUUAAGAACCUUAAAAACCGGGAAAAAGACAGGAAUUUCGCAGAGCCGGGACUCGACGGGAAUUUCUUAAUAAGUAGGGAAUUUUCAGUAAUUUUGAGUGAGCCAAACAGACAGCAUGUUGGUAUUGCUAUAGCUCAAAAACCUUCCGACUAAUCAUCCAUUCAAAACAAUAUGCUGAACCUCCCUCGUAACUGCAUUCUUACGGGUGCACGUAUCUAUGGUUGCCUAACUAACGCGCUCUGAUACCGAUUAUGGAGUGUAGAGAAGGAGGAACACCUCUUAUGGACGGUACGUUUAAAAUAUGGUCUGAAUUCUGUAGGGAUAAUACGUGGUGCUGAUUGUACUAUGGGAUUGAGAUCUGAAGUUAAACACUUACUGUAUAAGAAAUUAUCAAAGUUGUGACUGACGUUUGAUUAUAUUCAUGUGAAAAGCUGUGCAAUCCUUAAUAUCUUAUUAGAUUUUUAUUUUUUAUUAAGAACUUGAUAUAUUUCUGUACCUGCUUGCAUAAGCUAAUUACCAAUGAUAUUUUAACAAAACUAUAAUUAUUAUAUUUGUUGCGGAUAGAGUUCAAUAUUUUAUUUCUAUGAACCAAAAUGUUAUAUUUUCUA